AUGCAACAGGAAGUGGAAAAGCCCUCUCGGGGCCCUCAAUCUCAAUUCCAAAAGGGUCACCAAAUCCCUAUUGAGCACCACAAAAAGCCCGGCUUACAGGCUGAGAUGGAAGACCCAAAUCCCACUUCAAGCCAACUUCCAACCGAGGAUGGCGGGUAUCAGACCUACAAAGCCGCGGGGAAGCUUGCCGGAAAAAAAGCCAUUAUCACAGGUGGUGAUUCAGGCAUCGGUCGUGCAGUUGCUAUUCUAUUCGCUAUGGAGGGAGCCUCGAGUCUAAUCACUUACCUUCCCGAGGAAGAAAGAGACGCACAAGAGACUAAAAAACGAGUAGAGGAAAUCGGGCAAAGCUGUUAUUGCUACCCCACUGACCUUCGGGAUAAGAAGAAUUGCCAAGCAGUGGUUGACACAGCCCUCAAAAGCUUAGGUGGUAUCGACAUCCUGGUUAACAACGCUGGGACUCAAACGAUGAUCGACGAUAUCAAGGAUCUAGAAGAGCAUGUAUCUCAAUGGGAAACCACUUUCGACACCAAUAUCCACCCUGUCUUCUAUCUUUCCAAAUAUACAAUUCCUCAUCUGAAAAGCGGCUCGACCAUAAUCAACUGUGCAUCGGUUAACCACUACAUUGGUCGCCCUGAUCUACUCGACUACACGUCAACCAAGGGCGCAAUCGUCGCUUUCACUAGGGGUUUAUCCAACCAGCAAGUCAAAAACGGCAUUCGGGUGAAUUGUGUGUGUCCUGGGCCAGUCUGGACACCUCUUAUUCCAGCAACUAUGACUACCGCCGCAGAGGAGGAGUUCAGCGGCACACCGAUGGGUCGCCCAGGACAACCCAGUGAGGUUGCCACAUGUUUCGUUUUCCUUGCGAGCCAGGAUAGUAGCUUUAUCUCUGGGCAGAGUCUGCAUCCCAACGGGGGAGUAGUUGUCAACGGAUGA